AUGCCUCCAAAAGGAUUCAAGACAAUUCCGUUGCCUAAAGCACAACUCUCGCUCGCAGCGGUGCUGAAAUGCGGACAGUCUUUUCGUUGGACGACCUAUCCUCUUGCAGUCAAGGAGAACAGUGGCGGAGACACCCAGGAUCCAACUCAUGAGUACCGUUUAGCGCUCCGGGAUCGCGUCGUCUGUCUGAGACAGGAUGAGAACACUCUUUUCUACCGAACAAUACUCCCCGUCGACGCGUCUGACGCGUCUGUUGCUACUGCCGAAAGCAAAGACGAAGAAACUCUUGUAUGGCUUAAAGACUAUUUCCAGCUGGAUGUAGAUCUAGUCAAGCUCUAUGCCGAAUGGGCAGACAAGGAUAUCGUUUUUAGAGAUACCGUUAAGGACAGGUUCAGUGGUAUUCGCAUCCUCCGGCAAGAUCCAUGGGAGAAUGUGAUCUCGUUCAUCUGUUCAUCCAAUAAUAAUAUUUCUCGCAUCACAAAGAUGGUUCAGUCACUAUGUACCUCAUUCUCCAAGGAGCUCCUCAGCGAAACGUUAUCCGACGACUUCGAGGAUGCAAAUUCGUUGCAUAAAUAUCACGCAUUUCCUAGUCCCCAGCAACUGGAAAAGGAAAAUGUAGCAUCGAAAUUGCGAGAGCUCGGUUUUGGAUACCGUGCAGAGUAUGUUCAAAGAACUGCCCAAAUCCUAUGCGAAGAGCACAAAGAUCCGGAAGCAUACCUCAUGGGAUUGCGCAAGCUUCCGGUUGAUGAAGCUCGAGAUGAACUAUUAAAGUUGUGCGGAGUCGGUCCCAAGGUUGCAGAUUGCGUACUCCUCAUGUCUCUGGACAAGAAAAAUGUAGUUCCGGUAGACACCCAUGUCCAUCAAAUUGCGCUGAAGUAUUACGGAUUGAGAGGCACCCCUCAGGGGAAAGGAGGAAAGGUACCAAUGACCCCGAAAAUAUACGAAGCCGUAGGCAAGAGACUAGUCGAAAUAUGGGGAGACUAUGCUGGCUGGGCUCAUUCAGUACUCUUCACGGCUGACCUACGAGCCUUCGCAUCGUACAAUUUACCUGCCCCCGAUAACACACCAACGAAAUCGUCACCUGCCACUCCUGCGACGCCCGUACCACCUACUCCAUCCGACAGUGGGACAGAUUAUUUUACAGAUACCCCCUCGAAGAAACGUAGACAGGCAACGGAACGCCCAUCUAGACUUAAACGUGUACGGACUGAGUGA